CACAAGUUGAGGAUUGAAUUACGGAAGGAUUAUUUUUGUUUGCAGAAUAUUCCAUUCUCACUCAACGGUGAGUGUUUGUGUAUCUUUGAUGGAUUUUUUGCUCUGAUCUAAUGGUAUACAGAUAGCGUGGGUCGAGAUAGCGUGGGUUGAGAAAAUCCGGUUCUAACUAGUAUGGAGAUGGACCGCAACAUGGACAGCUCGAAUUUGUUCAGUGUUUGUUUGAUUGGACAUUCUUUUAUUACACGUCUACAUCACUACAUGCAAUCGCUGGAACGUUACGGAAUUUAAACUUAGAUGUGGAGAAAUUUCGCGUAUCUGUGCGCGCUCGAGGAGGGUUGCAUGUGUCACAGCUGGUGUCUUCGAACUUUUUGAACUUCUCUAACAUACCUUGUAUGUGUUUUAUUCAAUUGGGACAAAAUGACAUUGCGCAAUCCGACUGCAUCACUUUGGACCGUGAUAUUCUAUCAUUAGCUGCUUUUAUGCACGAGGGACUUGGAAUCUCGGUGGUGGUUAUUGGUCAACUACUGCGCCGUCAGCCGUGGGCAUCUUCGAGAGUUUUCAAUCACAAGAUUGUCGUCACCUAUUAGCUGUUGAAGGAAGGAUGUUCCAUUCAAAAUGGAGUGCAUUUCUGGCAUCACAGAGGGUUUUGGUCUGACCUCAAUUAUUUAGUCGUGAUGGUGUCCAUCUCCAAUGUCCACGCCAAUCAGUCCAUGUUAUGUCGUCCUCUCCAAUGCACAGAUAUUGGCGAAGCAUUCGUUCGGCCAUUCUUCAUUACCACAAUUUACUCAGGCCAGUAUAAGUGCAUUUGUUCCUUUAUAUGUUAUACAUGUACAUGUUAUCUGGUUGUUAUUAUUAUACCAGGUGUCAGUCUUUGUUUAGUUCAUGUACAGUGUGUAUUUAUAAACACCAUUUACUGGUCUAUGGUUGAUAUCAGAAACAUGUAUAGAUGUAUCUCUCAUAUUUGUUCAUCACCUUUUGCAUGUGAUACUUGAUUUUGACAAUUUUUUGUAUAUUUGCUUUGGAAGAAGGCAUAUUUAUACUGCACUUUUGAUAACGAACAAGGGAUUAUGUCCCAGUUCAUACCUGUGACUUCUUGUGGAAGUUGUUUGCAUUUUUUGCUAACGAACUGUGGAUUAUGUCCUGGUUCAGUUUUUACGCUGUUUUUGUGGUGUUUGCACAGGCUUGUCACUUACAGCCUGUUUUCAUGAUCAUGAGGAGCAAAAUUGCAUUAUUGUGUCAUUGCUUUUGACUGACCAUGUCGCUCAUUUGUGAGUCAAUGGUCAUACUUGUCUUACGUUGUUUUUGUGGUGUUUGCACAGGCUUGUCAUUUACAGCCUGUUUUCAUGAUCAUGAGGAGCAAAAUUGCAUUAUUGUGUCAUUGCUUUUGACUGACCAUGUCGCUCAUUUGUGAGUCAAUGGUCAUACUUGUCUUACACUGUUUUUGUGGUGUUUACACAGGCUUGUCAUUUACAGCCUGUUUUCUGAUCAUGAGGAGCAAAAUUGCAUUAUUGUGUCAUUGCUUUUGACUGACCAUGUCGUUCAUUUGUGAGUCAAUGGUCAUACUUGUCUUGCGCUGUUUUUGUGGUGUUUGCGCAGGCUUGUCACUUACAGCCUGUUUUCAUGAUCAUGAGAAACAAAACUACAUUAUUGUGCCAGUACUUAUGUCUGACCAUGUGGCUCAUUUGUGAGUUGAUGAUCAUACUUGUCUUACAUAUGCAGCAUAUGUACCUACUUGAUAUAUAUCUAUUUGCUUUUUGGUGGAGCUUUGCACACCUUGAUGUUAUAAUUUACAUAAAAGGAAAGUUGCUCUGUUUAUAUGAUAUGGAGCUGUUAAUAUUAGUACCUUUUUGUCAUUGUUGGUAGUAUAUGAUGUUACAAUUUGAUGGAUAGUACUACAUCAUUUCUUUAAAUAUGUUUUCGAGUAAUAUAAUACCCCAUUUCCCUCAGUCAAUGGACUGAUUCAUUUCUGACCUUCUCCGCCAUAUAUAUAGAAUAGUUCCCCCAUGAGGGUCCAAAUUUAUUAAAGUAUUGUCACAUGAUUAGAGAAAUGCAAUACUUGCAUGGGGACAAUGCUUUCCGUUUGUAUGACGAGCAAUUCAGAAAGCUCAAAGAGUCCAUCUACAUCCCCUGGCAAAAUACAGUUCAUUUAAUGCGGCAGGUAUGUCUCACAUGCUUGAUGACUUCUUUAUCGGGCCAAGGCAUUCAUAAAAAUGUUUGCAGGAUUUAAAUCAGUUUAUAGUCAUAAGUCAGGAUAGUGGUAUUCCCAUCAAGAUGGAAAAAACUCAUUUUCCAACAACUGUAUUAACCAUUUAUGGUAUUGAGGUGGAUUCUUAUGCUAUGAUAUGUAGGUUACCAGAACAAAAGCUUGUCAAAUUACGUGCCAAGUUACAUGAAAUUAAGCAUAGGAAAAAAGUUACUCUCAAACAACUCCAAUCUCUCAUAGGUCUUUUGAAUUAUGCUUGUUCAGUGGUUGUUCCAGGUAGGGCUUUUCUUCGACGCAUUAUAGAUCUUACUUGUGGCAUGUCAAAUCCAUCUCAUUUUAUUCGUCUUACAUGCGCAGCUAGGGCGGACUUGCAAAUGUGGGCUCAUUUUAUUGAACAUUACAAUGGUAGGUCAGUAAUCUUGCCAGAUUUCUUCACUUCAUCUGAUCAGGCAAUGUUGUUUACGGAUGCAUCAGGCGCCAUUGGCUUUGCGGGGGUUCUUGGCACAGAAUGGUUUGCUUUACAUUGGGACUCAGUACCAGACUUAGACCAAUAUCAAAUUGCCAUUACAGAGUUGUUUCCAUUUGUGCUAGCACUUGAAAUUUGGGGGGCAAUUCUUGUAAAUAGAAAAAUUUUGUUUAUGUCGGACAAUGAAGCUGUUGUUCAUGUGGUCAAUAAGCAAUCCUGUAAGGGAAACUCUUAUGAAACUUGUCCGGCGUCUUGCGCUCACAUCUUUGACAUAUAAUAUAUUUUUUAAAGCUAAACAUAUUCCGGGCAAGAACAAUAUGUUGGCAGAUAAACUCAUUUUCAAUUACAGGCCGCCUUCAGGGUAGCCCCUCAUUUGAAUCAAAACCAAACUGUGGACCUGUUGAGAAUUUAAGCCCAGUUUCCAGACAUUUACUAUCUUCAGCAUUAUCUCAAUCUUCAGUUCAAGCCUAUAGGCAUGCAUGGGAUAUGCUCAAAACAUGGAAACCCACCCUCUCCCUGCCUGUUUCAGUGGUAGAGGUGUGUAUUUCAUUGGUCAUUUGUUUCUGAACAAUUAUUCACCUAGCAGCAUAGCUUCUCAUAUAUCAGCGAUUAGUUAUGUUCACAAAGUUCUGGAUCUGCAGGACCCAACUCAAGCUUUUAUUUAAAAGCUGCAGUUCAGUUUAGUGGUCUUGAUCCCAACAAUUUUAAGGGCCAUAGCUUUCGUAUUGGUGCUGCUACCUAUCCAGCCUCCCGGGGUUUCUCAGACCAUCUUAUCCAAAAGUUAGGAAGAUGGAAUUCUGAUGCAUUCCGCCGUUUAUCCGUAUAAACUCUUUUAGGUUUUAGGGAUUUUCAUGACAGGUCAGCAUAUGGCUGCUGUUCAUGUAAUGCCAUUUUUGAUGCUGCAAUUUUCAGAUAUGUUUCAAUUUCCUGCUUCUUUUUAUUAGGCAAAUAUUUAAUGACAGGUCAGAAGUAGUCUGCUGUCAUUUCUGUUCAAAAAACCAUUGUUAUGUUUUGAAUACAUUAUGGUUCUGCUUUCCGCACUUCAUUUUCUUUUCAUAACAGUUCAGAAGUUGUCUGCUGUUGAUAUUUGCAUAACCAGAACUGUGUGUCUGUAAUUUCUAUUGUCUACAGAGUUGACCUGGCUGGCACUUCAUCAAUUAUUGUUAUGUCAAGUGCACGCUGAUUACAUGAUAUCAAUACCUUAUGUGUGUACAUUUUUUGUCCUUUUUGUUUGUCACUGGUAAAAUCAUAUAUAUGCCUUGGUUUCCAUGCCCCCUCUUAUGUGUGGUUUUAUCUCUCUACUUGCCAAGUGGCCUUUGGGUGGGGUUAAUCCAAUUCAUUUUGCCUUGGAUUCAUGGCCUUGAUUUCUUGUUGCUACCCACCCUUUUUUGUGGGCAGGCAAUAUUUUUAUGCUGGUCUUUUUACAUAUGUGUAUGCAAUAGGGGGUCAUCUUGUUAGACCCCCUAUCGGAUGUUUUUAUUUUGUGUAUAUAUGUUCUCUUUCUCAAUGUCAAUUUUAUAGAUGUAUGUAACAGGGGGUCAUCUAGUCAUUUGCAGCAUAUGAUCUUAAUUUUUACUUGGUUUUAAUGACCCCCUGUACUGUAUAUACUUUUCGUCAUUUACUAAAUAAAUGACAUUUUCUAUUCUCAAACUUGUUCUGUUUUGCCUGCUUUGAGCAAAAAACGAGUGCAGUCCACUUGGCUAGUGCUUUUGAGCUAAGGAUCAUAAAGAAACUAAAUUGGCAGAGGUGCAGCAGCCAUGACAUAGCACUCGUAUGGCCUCAGUAGUAUAUAAACUACUGACAAACAAGUUGAUGAUACAGGGGUUUCAACAUUCUCGUUUAAAAUCGGCAUUUCGCAAAUUCUACGGUCGUUAUAACGAUCUAGUUUGCCAAUACAACCUAUCAUUGGGUCAAAUUCUGUCUGAUGUGUUUCAUACUGAUUGUUAGACCACUGUUGGCACACUGAUUUUGACUACAGAUAACUCCGUUUACCUGAUCAGGAUAUAGGGCUCACGGCGGGUGUGACAGGUCAACAGGGGAUGCUUACUCCUCUUAGGCACCUGAUCCCACCUCUGAUGUGUCCAGGGGUCCGUGUUUCCCCAACUCUCUAUUUUGUAUUGUUUAUAGGAGUUAUGAGACUGAUCACUGUUCAUUAUCUUCACCUCUCAUUUAAAUCGAAUCGGAGAUAUCUUCAAAUUAGAUAUAUAUCCGAUUUUAUUGACGAUAUCUUAAGAUAAUUACUACCAGCUGGAUAUUUUUUGAGUAAAAUUUACGUUUCAUACUUACACAAUUUAAGUUGUCUUAUCAAGUCCAAAGUGUAAAGGUUUUUUAUUCAACAUAGACGAUUUAUUUACAGAUAAUUUAUCUACAUGUAAUCUGAGCUUUCAGGUAAACUGUGCAUUUGUUAGAUUAUUGCAUUAUUUUCAAUGACAACAACGUAACAUAUUUUCUUUUAAACAACAAGACCAAAUUUUCGAUGUUUCGACAAAGAGAUCGUCAAGAGUUUCCUUCAUAGAUGACGUACAAUCUAACGACAAAGAGCAUCAGAGAUCUGGGAUCUCCAUCCGAAAUUCCUCGACAGUUCCAUCCUACAGUUCCAAACAAUUGCUUACUCUAAGUUUUCUGGAAAAAUACACAUCAUGUCGCUGGAUGAUAGCAUUUUCAGGUUUAAUGAUGGUCACGUGUUCUAUUAUGUUACGACAAUGUAUGAGCAUGGUUGUCGUGUGCAUGGAAUCCAAUUAUGACGCCGGAUCCAAUUUUAACAUGGGAAACCAAUCAAGCACAAAUGAAACGAUGAAUUCCACAGCUCAGAGAGGGCAGUGGGACAUUGUUUGGGACAGUGAGAUGGAGGGCCUAAUUUUGCAGUCCUAUUUCUACGCAUUCCCCAUAUCGCCUUUGAUUGCCGGGUAUCUGUCUGGAAGAUUUAGUGGGAAGAAGGUGGUGAUUGUUAUGACGUUGUGUCUGGUUCUUCUGUCAGCUGUCUUACCAAUUGCUGCCACCGUCAAUCCCUACACUGUUGUAGUUCUACGAUGCUGCAUCGGACUAUCCGCGGGAGGUCUACAACCUAGUUUGACGGCGAUUAUUUCCAAAUGGGCGCCAGUGUCUGAGCGUGCUCAGAUAGUUGCUACUGCAAAUGCAGGUAUGAUGAUCGGAUCAAUAUUUUCCUUUUCGCUCUCUGGAUUUAUAUGCAUCAUUCCAAUUCAUAACGGAUGGCCGUUCAUUUUCUACGUCUUUUGCAUUGCCAAUGUGUUGUCUCUGCUGUUAUGGGUGUGUGUGGUAUACGACAGACCGGAUGAUCAUCCCAGAAUUACGUGGAAAGAACGGGCAAUCAUCAACUAUAAACGACGGGACAGCACACUAGAAAAGAUGCCCUCCCCUCCUUGGAUAAAAAUCGUGACUUCCGGUCCUUUCUGGGGAGUUAUGAUAGCCCAUAUGUCACACGCCUUUCUUGUUACGACCAUAGGGACUUUCCUGCCUUUAUACAUGAGCGACGUUUUGAAGUUUGAGAUUGCUACGAAUGGUUUGUUGUCUUCUUUACCAUCCAUUGGUCGGUUUGUCGCGGCCAUUGCUAGCGGAAUGUUGGCAGAUAAACUAAUGAACAAGGGAUAUCUCUCGGUAACUGCCACAAGAAAGAUUUUUCAAGCCUCAGGUAAAAUAAGUAUGGUGUUGUCUUCACCGUUUCUGAUUUGGAUGAGUUACAUGGAGCAAUCCGAGAGGACAACAGCUGUCAUUCUACUGGUGACAUACUGGACAAUUCAAUCACUGAAUAAUGCGGGCUUCCGAGUCAACCACAUCGACAUCGCACCUAGGUAUGAGGGAGUGAGAGUGAAAGAGAGCGAAAUAGCACUACAGAUUAUCGACAUCGCACCUAGAUUUGCCGGUGUUUUGAACGGCAUGACAAGUAGUAUGGCGUCAGCAGCUGCAUUACUUUCACCCAUCGUUACAUCGGAGUUAACCAAAAACGGCACUCGAGAGGAAUGGCAGACCGUCUUCUUUAUCUGUACCGGGGUAGGACUAACAGGGGCCAUGACGUUCGUCCUCCUUGGUAGUGGAGUGGAACAGGAGUGGGCCAAGGACCCCAACAUGAACGUUGAGAUAGAUGUGUAUACCACGGAGGAAGAUAAAAAUACGGUGCUAAGAAUUAUGGGUAAUGGAACUGAUAAAGAACAAGAUGGGGACGUCAACGGAAGUUUGGACAAUGUUAACGAAAUCCACAAAGGAACUGUAAAUAGAGCCUUCGAUGACCAGGAAAUUAAAAAAUUUGGAGGACAUGUGAAAUUGUCGUCUUCGUUUAGAUCCCAGUCACAUGAUUUUGAUGUACCAAUAACAGAUAACAUUGAUUCUUAUGAUGACGAAAACAAUAUUGAAAACGAAAGAGAUUCACCAGAGAUUCAUAAAACAGACAGGGAUAAUCAAUCCUUGACUUUCGUAGAGAAAAGAAAACACAUUAGAGAAAAUUCAAGACUGAAUUUUCCUGAAAGCAAAUAUUUAACGGAUGAAAAUGGUACCCAAAGUAAGGAGGUAGUUAUUACACGACUUUGAUAAUACUACGAAUCGUACAUGACUUACAGACUGCAUGGCAAUGAUAUAUGAAUAAAAAUAUCCAAACUU